UUCCAGCAGCAUCCAAGAAGGGUAAGAGCUGAUUUCGCCCUACUGGUGUUUCAAGAUUGAGGUUUUAAAGAGAUAAAGUAUUUGUGAAAUGGGAAAAAGGAGCAAACAUAGGAUUUAAAAAAAAAAAAAACGGAAGUAGACGCCCACUCAUAUUUUCUUCAAUGUCAAGCAAAAUGAAAAUAUUUCCAGGAUGAUCGAUCGCGGCUACCGGCUUCCAGUACUGCCUAGAAGCUGAAGAGGAGGUGGAGUGCCCGAGGAGACAACUGCCACCGGGUCACCCGCGCGUGAGCGCGACUCUGGGAGUGAAGCGAGACGGAGGGAGAACACACGUGUUACCUGCUUUAUUUCGGGACUGUUUGGGUCUGUGCUCGCCCGGGGCAGCUCUCCGCCCGCCCGCCCGCGUGCGUGGAAGGCCUCCACAGAACGCACCCACCGCUCAGCCGCCCCCGCUCGCCGCCCUCAGCCCAGCUUCACAGCCGAGCUCGCCGCGGGCCGCAGGAAGCUGUAAGUACCGGCCUGGCCGUGGCCGCCCCCGCCCCACCUUCCAGGCCCCGUUCCCCCGAUGCCCGGCUCUCCGGAGCUUGCUGGCCCGCUCGCUCCCAGGGCGCUGCCGGGGCCGCCGCGUCCCCAGGGUUCACGCCCUCUCCCGCACCCUCGCAGCUCGCCCCUCCGCCGCGCCCCCCGCCCCGCUCUUCCAGACAAAAUUGGAUACAAACUUUAAUCAAUAAGGAUAAAUAUUGACGCGCAAAGGAAAAUAAUCCCAUACAGGGAGGAGGCCACAGUCGAGCGGCCGCGGCCCGGGGCGCACGCCCCACGCUAAUCCUGGCCGGGUGGGCGAUCUCCCGCCGGUCCCCGCGGCUCCAGGCCUGGGCCCCGCCACCCGGAGGGGGCGGUGAGCGGGGGGCGGGGCCGGGGCGGGGCGGGGAUGGGCGGGCCCUGGGCCCCCGAUUGGUCGACGGCUAGCCAGACGCUCCUGCACGCCGGCGGCACUGAUUGGUUCGGCAGUAGGAAAGGUUAAACCAAAAAUUUUUUUACAGCCCUAGUGUGCGCCUGUAGCUCGGAAAAUUAAUUGUGGCUAUAGCUGCCUCGAUCGCUGUCUCCUAGCCUCGCUGCGGCCGCUCCGGGACGCGCCCGCCCGCCGCCCGGCUCUCCCCCCCUUCGGGCUGCCGCUGCUGCUGCUGUGACUGCUGCGGCGCGAGGAGGAGGAGGCAGCGGGGGAGGGGGAGGCCGGGCGCGGAACGGAGCGGGGCGCUGCACCCCGGGCGACGGGUUGCUUCUGCCUCUAGCCUCCCUCUCUCUCUCUCUCUCUCUCUCUCUCUCUCUCUCUCUCUCUCUCUCUCUCUCUCUCUAUCUCCUCUCCCUCUCUCUCUCUCUCUCCCUCUCUCUUUCUCUCUCUAAUUCUUGAGGGGUGGUUGCAGCUUUUGCUACAUGCCUUGCCAGCGCCGGAGCCUGCGGUCCAACUGCGCUGCUGCCGGAGCGCUCAGUGCCGCCUCCGCUGCCCGCUCCCCCCGCGCCCCACUCCGAACCCGCUGGUCGCCCGCCGCGCUGCUGCCCGGCUCCCGUGCCGCCGCCGCCGCCGCCGCCGCCCCCCGACGCCUGGGUGAUGCUGGACAUGGGAGAUAGGAAAGAGGUGAAAAUGAUUCCCAAGUCCUCGUUCAGCAUCAACAGCCUGGUCCCCGAGGCCGUCCAGAACGACAACCACCACGCGAGCCACGGCCACCACAACAGCCACCACCCCCAGCAUCACCAUCAUCAUCACCACCACCACCACCCGCCGCCGCCCGCGCCCCAGCCGCCUCCACCGCCGCCCCAGCAGCAGCAGCAGCAGCCGCCCCCGGCCCCGCAGCCCCCGCAGGCGCGCGGCGCCCCAGCAGCCGACGACGACAAGGGUCCCCAGCCGCUCCUGCUCCCGCCCUCCACCGCCCUGGACGGGGCCAAGGCUGACGCACUUGGAGCCAAAGGCGAGCCGGGCGGCGGGCCGGCGGAGCUGGCGCCCGUCGGGCCGGACGAGAAGGAGAAGGGCGCGGGCGCCGGGGGGGAGGAGAAGAAAGGGGCGGGCGAGGGCGGCAAGGACGGGGAGGGGGGCAAGGAGGGCGACAAGAAGAACGGCAAGUACGAGAAGCCGCCGUUCAGCUACAACGCGCUCAUCAUGAUGGCCAUCAGGCAGAGUCCCGAGAAGCGCCUGACGCUCAAUGGCAUCUAUGAGUUCAUCAUGAAGAACUUCCCCUACUACCGCGAGAACAAGCAGGGCUGGCAGAACUCCAUCCGCCACAACCUGUCCCUCAACAAGUGCUUCGUGAAGGUACCGCGCCACUACGACGACCCGGGCAAGGGCAACUACUGGAUGCUCGACCCGUCGAGCGACGACGUGUUCAUCGGCGGCACGACCGGCAAGCUGCGGCGCCGCUCCACCACGUCUCGGGCCAAGCUGGCCUUUAAGCGCGGGGCGCGCCUCACCUCCACCGGCCUCACCUUCAUGGACCGCGCCGGCUCCCUCUACUGGCCCAUGUCGCCCUUCCUGUCCCUGCACCACCCCCGCGCCAGCAGCACUUUGAGUUACAACGGGACCACGUCGGCCUACCCCAGCCACCCCAUGCCCUACAGCUCCGUGUUGACUCAAAACUCGCUGGGCAACAACCACUCCUUCUCCACCGCCAACGGGCUGAGUGUGGACCGGCUGGUCAACGGGGAGAUCCCGUACGCCACGCACCACCUCACGGCCGCUGCGCUCGCCGCCUCGGUGCCCUGCGGCCUGUCGGUGCCCUGCUCCGGGACCUACUCCCUCAACCCCUGCUCCGUCAACCUGCUCGCGGGCCAGACCAGUUACUUUUUCCCCCACGUCCCGCACCCGUCAAUGACUUCGCAGACCAGCACGUCCAUGAGCGCCCGGGCCGCGUCCUCCUCUACGUCGCCGCAGGCCCCCUCGACCCUGCCCUGUGAGUCUUUAAGACCCUCUUUGCCAAGUUUUACGACAGGACUGUCCGGGGGACUGUCUGAUUAUUUCACACAUCAAAAUCAGGGGUCUUCUUCCAACCCUUUAAUACAUUAACAUCCGGGGGACCAGACUGUAAGUGAACGUUUUACACACAUUUGCAUUGUAAAUGAUAAUUAAAAAAAUAAGUCCAGGUAUUUUUUAUUAAGCCCCCCCUCCCCAUUUCUGUACGUUUGUUCAGUCUUUAGGGUUGUUUACUAUUCUAACACGGUGUGGAGUGUCAGCGAGGUGCAAUGUGGGAGAAUACAUUGUAGAAUAUAAGGUUUGGACGUCAAAUUAUAGUAGAAUGUGUAUCUAAAUAGUGACUGCUUUGCCAUUUCAUUCAAACCUGACAAGUCUAUCUCAACAGGCUGCCAGAUUUCCAUGUGUGCAGUAUUAUAAGUUAUCAUGGAGCUAUCUGGUGGACGCAGGCCUUGAGAACAACCUAAAUUAUGAAGAGAGUUUUAAAAUGUUAAAUUGUAAUUUGUAUUUAAGAAUUUGUAGUAAAGGUGCCCAAGGAAUUAUAUUGGCCAUUUAUUGUUUUGUCCUUUUUCUUUAAAGAACUGUUUCUUUCCUUUUGUUUACUUUUAGACCAAAGAUUGGAUUCUAGCAAAUGCACUUGGUAUACUAAGUAUUAAAACAAGUAAACAAACAAACGAAAAAGGAAGGUUGUUUAGUUGGCAACACUGCCCAUUCAAUUGAAUCCGAAGGAGACAAAAUUAAGGAUUGCCUUCAGUUUGUGUUGUGUAUAUUUCGAUGUAUGUGGUCACUAACAGGUCACUUUUAUUUUUUCUAAAUGUAGUGAAAUGUUAAUACCUAUUGUACUUAUAGGUAAACCUUGCAAAUAUGUAACCUGUGUUGCGCAAAUGCCGCAUCAAUUUGAGUGAUUGUUAAUGUUGUCUUAAAAUUUCUUGAUUGUGAUACUGUGGUCAUAUGCCCGUGUUUGUCACUUACAAAAAUGUUUACUAUGAACACACAGAAAUAAAAAAUAGGCUAAAUUCAUAUAUAUCUUGA